AUGGCCGACCAGAUCGAUACCGACAAGGCUAUGCCUGAUGCGCCUCCGGCCGAGGCUCCCAUCGACAGUGAUCCGCCGGGUGAACCAGAUCAACCACAAAAUUCCGUAGUCGAGUCGAUCGAGGUGGAGACAAAGCCUGAAGAGCCUGCGGAGUCAGAAGCGGCGCCCAAAGAAGACGAUGCGCCGGCGGAAGACUCAGAUGAAGACGCUGCGGGAGAAGACGAUCCAGAUCUGGAGCAGGACACUUCGGGUCGUCCAGUGUCCAACAGACUGUACAAGCAUCUCAAGGCCAUCACAGAUGUCUUGACAGACUUCAAAGUCAAGAUCCGCGGUGAAGACCACUAUCCCUCCACUCUCUUCAAGCGAGUACCCAACAAGCGCAACUUGCCCGACUACUACCAGAUCAUCAAAGAGCCAAGCGCAAUCAGCACGCUCAAGGGCAAGAUACAACGCAAGACGUACACUGGCAUCCCAGAAUUCGUCCGAGACUUUGCUCUCGUCGUCCACAAUGCUCAGGUAUACAAUCGUCCAAACUCGCAGCCUGUGAGGGAUGUACUCCAGCUCCAGGAUCUUUUUAAGGCCGAGUUGGCAAGGCUUGUCGAGCAAGGGUUGGUCAAGGAAGAGGAGACCGCAUUCCCAGACCUCGGUGAGAUCCCAGCGGCCACUCCAGAACCAGAUCCAGUCUCCGAGGAAGAAGCAGGCGACGAAGAGGAGGAUGGUGAAGACGACGAAGACGAGGAGGGAGAGGAAUCAGAUGCCGACGACAGAAAACGUCGAAAGGCCCGGCCCAGUGGUGGUAAGAAGCAAGCCGCUGAUGACGACGAUCAAGACGACAAGCGAAAGGUGCGUGGCCGUCCGCCCAAAGUCGAUACUCCGUUGGAAGCCAGGAUCAAGUCCAUCAUCAAGUCGAUGCGUAGACCUAAGGACGCUAACGGCAUCUACCGCUUGCGACAUUUCGACCGUCUCCCAGACAAGGCCGAGUAUCCUCACUACUACCAAGAAAUCAAAGAUCCCAUAGCCAUGGACACCAUCAAGAAGAAGGCCAAGCGGAAAAAGUACAACUCGGUUGACCACUUCCUCAAGGACACCGACUUGAUGUUCAGGAAUGCCAUGGCGUAUAAUCAAGACGGCAGUGAGAUCUAUGAGGAUGCCAAGGUCUUGAUGCAGGAGACCCGUCAGGUCGCGGAGGCUGAGAAGGCCAAGCCUGACUCCGAGUAUGGGCUCGAUGAUGGUCGCAUUCCGAUGCCGAAUGGGAUCGAGUACAGAGGCGAAACCUGGAAGGUCGGUGACUGGAUUCACAUUCAGAAUCCCAACGAUGUCACGAAGCCCAUCAUCGCGCAAAUCUAUCGCACCUGGCGUGGUAGCGAUGGCCAGGACUGGAUCAAUGCCUGCUGGUACUUCCGCCCGGAGCAGACAAUCCACCAGUACGAGCGACACUUCUACCCUGCUGAAGUCUGCAAGACCGGUCAGUAUCGUGAUCAUCAUAUUCAGGAAGUCGUCGAUCGAUGUUUCAUCAUGUUCUAUACCCGCUAUAGUCGUGGUCGUCCUAGAAAUAUCGAUCCGAAGACCGAGGUGUAUGUCUGUGAAACGCGCUACAACGAGGAGAAACACAAAUUCAACAAGAUCAAGACGUGGGCGAGCUGCUUACCCGAUGAAGUUCGCGACAAAGACUAUGAGAUGGAUCUCUUCGAUGCGCCUCGUCGCAUUAAGAAAGUGCCGAGUCCGAUCAAGCAUCUUCUCAAGGACAGCGCGAAGGGUCCUGGCGAUGUGUCGCAAGUGUAUGGGUCGAAGAAUGCGCCUCCUAUUGUUGGUGCUGUACACACUGGUGCCAGAGAUGACAAUCAAUCACCACCCCCAGAACCAACUCCUCCACCACCACCGACACCACUACCCACUGCUGUUCGGCCACCUUCGAAUCCCAUGCUACCAAGUCGCUUCCCAUCACAGACUCAGCCGAUCGGUGUACGACCGCCUAGCCAGCCGGUUCGACCAGCGCAAGCUGGAACUCCGACAAUGGCUCACCAGACAGCGUCUCCUUCACCAGCGCCACAGGCUGCUCGUCCGGGUCUUUACCAACAAGGAAGCUCAGGAUACCACAGUCAAGCAACACCGGCUCCUGCUGCCCAAUCUCCGUUCCCUGCUACGCAACAUCUCGCGCAAACUCCAAGCUACCAGGCUUCGAAUAUCACUGCUCGAUAUGGAGGGGCAACCCCAACUCAGCCAUACCAGCAACGUCAGACUAUCCAACAAGUCCAGGCUCAAGCCGCGGCCCAACAGCAGCAGCAACAUGUCUCACAGCCUGCCUAUCACCCGGCCGCCCAACCUCAGACCUACAACCAGUACCCUACCGCCACCGCCCACGAACGCCAUCACGAAGCCUACAUCCUCAGCACCGCCGCCAACGAGACCAUCCCCAAAGACAUCCGCGACCGCUUCCAGCAAGACGACGAAGGGCACGUCCUCUUCUUCACCAAACCACCCAUGGACACAACCCACGUCGUUUCCGGCCGCGGCGAGCACGAAAAGGGCAAGCAACUCCAACACACCCAGCAGUACCUCAACGCUAAAGCUAUCCGCGACGAGCAGAUCCGCGAGAAGAAGCGCAAAAUCCAGGAGAAGAUGGAGUCCGACAAAGCCACCAACAACUACAAGCGUCUUAAACCCGGCCAUUUCGGCGAAGAGCGCGAUGCUGACGGACGCAUCAAAGCCGACCCCACCAAAGCCGCCCAAAUUCAGGCUGAAGAAGACGCCAAAGUCGCCGCUGAAUGGCAAUCUAAAGUCGCAGCCUGGAACAAGCAUUUCGAAGACCUCCACAAACUCACCAUCCAAGAAUCCAUCGACGACGCGGAACGUCGCUGGGGUCGUGGACAGCACACGCUAGACAUGUUGGAAUUGGAGGCUCAGCGCCAAGAAGAGCGGGAGGUACAAUGGCACAAGAGAGAGUACUGGCGGAGCAGGCGAGGGGGCAAGUGA